GCACGCGCAGUCAGUCUGCUGCUAACAGCCACCAGCCGGGUUUCUGGUUAGCCAGAAAGCUAGCCAUGAGCUAACAAGCAGCUAGCUGAGUCUUUUUAUUUCGCCAUCCUAAUUCAGCGUUCGUCGGACGUUUUCCCAAGCGUCCGCAUCAUUUGGUUACGAUUAGCCGCUCGCUAGCCUUUCCCACCCCUCCUCUGUGUGUCCACCCUCUAACCCCGCUAACGAGGAAGCUGCUGAGUUUGAAAGCACCGAACGAACAUCUGUUGCUGAGUAUCCGCUUUUAGAGAUCGGUCUGUCGGACGUUAUAUGGACCGCUGCCUUCAUCCUGAAUUGUUACUUUGAGGAACUGUCAUUCAGCCCUUUGUUGCACCUGCAGUCUUUGGAUCUGAUUUUUGCAGUCCUCCCAUUUCACAAUCCUUCCCACCGGCUCGAACUUUCUCCCUUUGAUACUUGCAUCUCUUGGUACUCAGAGCCAUGGCAGCUGCAAAGCCAAAAGGGCAAAACUCUCUAGCCCUUCACAAAGUAAUUAUGGUUGGCAGUGGAGGAGUGGGUAAAUCAGCCCUUACUCUCCAGUUCAUGUAUGAUGAGUUUGUUGAAGACUACGAGCCCACUAAAGCAGACAGUUACAGGAAGAAAGUGGUCCUGGAUGGAGAGGAGGUGCAAAUUGACAUCCUUGACACAGCCGGGCAAGAGGACUAUGCAGCCAUUCGGGAUAACUACUUCCGAAGUGGCGAGGGUUUCCUCUGCGUAUUUUCUAUCACAGAGCUGGAGUCUUUUGCGGCAACAGUAGACUUCAGAGAGCAGAUUCUGCGAGUGAAGGAGGAUGAGAAUGUGCCCUUUCUCCUGGUUGGUAAUAAGUCAGACUUGGACGACCGACGGCAGGUUAGCGCAGAAGACGCGAAGGCACGUGCAGAGCAGUGGGGCGUGUGCUACGUGGAGACUUCAGCCAAAACUCGUGCCAAUGUUGACAAGGUGUUUUUUGACCUGAUGAGAGAGAUCCGGGCAAGAAAAAUGGAGGACAGCAAAGAGAAAAAUGGGAAGAAGAAAAGUAAAAGUUUGGCCAAGCGAAUUAGAGAGAGAUGUUGUAUUUUAUAGUCAUUAAGGAAAGCAGGCUAGCUGCUUAUGUACAUAUACAUUUCUCAGAAUUUUGCAUUUUCUUUUUAAAUUUAAUUUAAUUUUAUUGUGCCUGACCAUGACCUUCUGUUCCUAGCUAACAGGACAUCUGACAGUGUCAGGAAGUAGUAAGGUGGCACUUCAUACACCAUUUAUAGCUCUAACUUUUUAUGUGCAGACACUCCAAAUAAUUUAUGUACUCUCUCUCUUUUACUCUGACCACAUUACAGAGUGUAAUAAAUCGAUGGUGGUUUUAAUUUAGGCCUAAGCUUGACAAGAGGCUAAGUCCUGAAAUGUUUGAAAACCUUUCAUUGUAAAGUUUGAUGUGUAUUCAGACAGUCGUGCAGUGCAAGUUCAAAAGAGAAGAUUAAAAUGAAAGUGUGGGAGCAAAGGUUUUAACAGGGAAGAUGUAACUGGAGCUCAGUACUGGAAAGCCCCGAUCCCUUUUAAUCAAUCCACUGUCUUGGUAGCAAGGGUUAGUUAACAGACUCUGAAGUGUAGUGUCAAUCCAGAGUUCAUCAAGAGCCACAGAGGAAAUGAACAUUGCGCUGACGAGUAUACGAAGCAUUUCAAUUAGUCUGUUCCAUUAGCUAAGCCAGAGACAAAAUUUGAUGCCAGUCCCAUUUGUCAUUUUACACCUCGGUUUUACUACGUUGUAUAGUUAUGUACACUUAUUUUUAGCUGUGACGUCAGACAUUUCCCUUCUUCUCCUCUAUCAUAUCACCCAGUGUAAGAUAAGCACGCACUAAUGUUUCCACUCAUCCCCCACCCCACCCCAGUCACUUUGAGUCUUCUCAAAUGCACAAUGGACAUUAAUCGUUACCCUUGAAUCCGUGAGGGAUUUUGCAACACUUGAACUUUUUCCAAUUCUAACAUUUAAGAAGUUUUACCUCACUUGGCAUUGCCUUCUUUUGCGAUAAAGGAAUCCCUGGUGCUCAGAUAAAAGGUGAUUCCAUAACACUACAUCCCUUUUUUUAAACCAAAUGGCUUUCUAACAUGUAAAAAAUUUCCUUUGCUAUUUUAAGUUUUCCUGACUUUUAGUCUGCAACCUUGUAUCUCCUUUUUUUUUUUUUACAUUUCAAAAUGUAUUUAAUUGGAAAGUCGGGGUAAAUUCAUAUAUCAUUUUUAAGGCGUGACAUGAAAAUUUGACUGCAGGCUGCAUAGAAGUGAGGUGAUACCUGUCCAAAAAAUUUUGAGUCACCAAAGAAAAAUGCUAGCUAGUACAAACAAGUGCCCACUUACUAUUUGAAGUGAAUGACUGCUUGCUGUAAUGAGCAUCAAAAGUAAGCACUACAAUCUUCGCAAAAGUCAAAAAGGAGUGUCAGGAAGAUUUCAGUCUGAAUUGCCUGGGGAAAGAAAAUGCAGGGUUAUGAGGGCUUUAGUAAUUCUUGUGCAGUGCGUCACUGUUGCCUCUCUGUCCAUUGUGAAUGUGAAACAUCCCCUUAUACUCAUCCUGUUUGCCUGUAAUCUUAUACUGCCAAUGAUUUGCAAGGUUUAGAGGUCACUGGCGUUCUACUUUGUUUGCUACAUUUUGUGCAAAGCUACCCGGUGUUAGAGUGCUGUAGUAACAAACCGAAUGUGUUCGUUUGAUCUUGUAGGUGGAUAAUUUUAGAGGCAAAGGUUGAAACAGUGUAUCGAAAUUGGCAAAUUGAGAAUGCGUAGACCAAAAUACACUGUGAAAACUGCCCCACAUUUCUUAAUUUAUGACUGAGCCACUCUUUUGUUAUGAAAGUUAUAAUUUAUUUUUAGUAACUUUUUUUCAAUAUUUCAAUAGUCAGACAACCAUGUAGAGGUUGUUGCCAUGUUUCUCUCUGAUCCAAUUUCAGUUAACUUUAGAGUAAGCUGCUCACCAUUUACACUAAAAGAUUGCCACAACUAAUAACAUGCCCCAACACUGGAGUCUAUGCAAAAUGUUUGUGAUUGCAAAGAGGAAAUGUGAAACCUGGAAACAGUUUAAAACACUGACAGUGUCCAUAAACUACUUUUGAAGCACUUGCGCUUGAGCGCUGUGUAGAGAUCUGACUGCAGCUUGUUAAAAAAAACAGCAUCAUCCAACAGCUAUCAAGCUUUUUGUUGUUGUUUGUCUUAUGUGUAUUUAUCAUGCAACUCUUGUUUACUACAAAGCACAUAGUAGUAGGAGUUGGACUUUAAAAUGGUAGAAUAAGAUGUUGUUAGAAACCCACAGUAUCAGAAUGAUUGGUAAGCAGUUUGGAUUAAGUUGUCCUAAGGGCUAACCUCCAGUACACCAUAUAAUGAUUGAAACACCUCUGAAAGUUAAAGCGGAGCGCACAGAAACUGGCAUGGAGUAUAAAGAUCCUAGUUUAUUACUCUCCUUCUUUAGCUUGAGAUCUUUACAUUAACUUCAUUGUGUCUUCAUUGUUGAGGAUUACAGAAGCUGCCCUAUAAGUGACCACCAUAAUGCUUGCUUACUAUAACACUGGCUAAACAAAGUUUCUUUCUUGUUCCUGUAUUUUUGUUUUUUGUUUGUUUUGGAAGCAAAUAUCAUUCUGCUGUUGCUCCUUUGUUUCCAUGUAUUAAUUUAAUAGACUUGAUGGCCCAAAUAUUUUCAGUGGAAUACUAAAACCGAUGUUUGUGUGAACAUUAUGAGCAAACUGUCCCACUGGGUAUUCAAAUAACUUGUUUUGCCUUUUCUAUACCCUUGGAAUAAAAAAAAUAUAUAGGUAUCUGUGUUUGACUGGAUGGUUGUAUGUAUGCCAUCAGUUAAAUGUUUCCUUCAUGUUUACUUAUUUUUAACAUAACCAAUAAUGUAGCCUAUCUGUUUGUGAAUGCAAGAAGUCAAGCUUACAUUUCAAUUCAUUUUUGUGAGAUAUUUGGAAAUGGCAAAUAAAGUGGAUAUUACUAAUAACA